GAGCCGGCCGGGGCAGUGCUCCCCACCUGCUCCAUUUCCCCCCCCCCCGCUCCCUUUUGCAGGGGAAAGGCCCCCAGGGGCCGGGCGACUUCCCCUGCCCUGUGUGCAGCAAGGCCUUCCCGCUGCAGCGCAUGCUGACCCGCCACCUGAAGUGCCACAGCUUGGUCAAGAAGCACGUCUGCCGGUACUGCGGCAAGGGCUUCAACGACACCUUCGAUCUGAAGAGACACACGCGGACCCACACCGGCAUCCGCCCCUACCGCUGCCACGUCUGCGCCAAGGCCUUCACCCAGCGCUGCUCCCUGGAGUCUCACCUCCGCAAGAUCCACGGGGUGCAGCAGAACUACGCCUACCGCGAGCGGCGCGCCAAGCUCUUCGUCUGCGAGGAGUGCGGCUUCACCUGCGCCGCCGGCGAGGAGUACUACGGCCACGUGCGGCGGCUCCACCCCGGCAACGCCCUGCUGCGCACGUACCUCCGCAAGCAGGGCGCCGCCUCCCUCCGCUUCCUCCUCUACCCCGGCGGCUACUACGCCUGAGGCAGGGCCCAGAGCCUCGUGCCGUGGGACUUCCAGCACCAGUGCAUGCUGGGAUCCCCCAGCAAUCCGCUCCAGGGGAUAUCUAGCCACCCGACAGGGCUAGUACGGAUUGUUCCCUACAGCCAAGCCCCUUCUAUGGGACAAGACUCUACUGGGCUGCUGGGACCUUUUCAUCGAUUCACAGAGCUUAAGGCCAGAAGGGAUCCUUGUAAUCGUUGAGUCAGGCCUCUGUAUAACACAGGCCCUCGGGCUGCCUGGAAUUGGUUCCUGUUUGAAGGAGAGCAGAGCUCUUAGAAAAACAGUUCACGUGGGAGGCUCCGUCACAGCCCUACAUCCUGUACAGUGGCUGAUUCGCCUCCCUGUAAAACAUUUCUAGUCCGUUUGUCAAGCUGCAGCUUCCAACCAGCGGCUCUUGUUCGAUCUUUGCCUGCUAGAUUGAGGAGCCCUCUGUUACCCAACUUCUGUUCCCAACGUAAGUACUCUCCGGCUGUGAGCAAGUCACCUCUUUGCCUUCUCUUUGAUGAGCUUGAGUGCCUUUUGCGAGAAGGCCUGUU